AUGGGUGUCGGUACUUUCUUCCAUUACUUUGGCACAGUACUGCUGCUUGCUGCCACGGCACUUCUGAUUGUCGUAUCGGUUACGGCGCCUGUCGUCAAUGACCUCUCCAUCUUGAAGGUCGACUUCGCUGGUCGCAACUCUGUAGACAGGAUAACGUAUGGAACAUUUGGGUACUGUAUCAUCAAUUCAAAUGGAAAAGAUGACUGCACCUCCUCUCACAUUGGCUAUGAUGCCACCGCCGCCCUGGCACAGGUUACCCAGGUCUCGUUCUCUAAAGCCGACCGUGAUAGCGCCAAGGUUCUUACGAGGGUACUGAUUCUGCAUCCCAUCGCCGCUGGCCUCACCUUUUUGGCAUUCUUGCUCUGCCUGGGCACCAGCAUCCUUGGCUCCUUUGUCGCCUCUCUCUUCUCGUUCUUGGCCUUUGUCGCCACCCUCGUCGCAAUGGCCUGUGACUUUGCUGCCUUCGGAAUCAUCAAGCACGCUGUCAACUCUCGAGGCCCUAACAACAUUGAAGCUCGAUGGGGCCCUGCCGUCUGGUGUAUUCUCGUCGCUGCCGUCUUGACCUUGAUUGCGACUGUUUUGGUCUUCAUUACCUGCUGUGCCGGUCGCACCAAGAAGAGCCGCACCCGCCGCAGCAAGGCAGACUACUAA